AUGGCUUCUACGAGCUCAGGGUCGCCGUCGGCCAGUUCGACCGGUCCUAUUCGCACCCGCAAUAAGACCUCGGGAACGAUCGCGAAGCGGGCGUGCGAUCAAUGCAAGUUCCGCAAGAUCAAGUGUAGCUUGUCGCAACCCUGCAAAGCAUGCCAGUCCAUGGGCUUUGACUGUACAUUCCUACAGCCGCAGAAGAAGCGCGGACCAACAGGACAUCGCGUAUCGCAGAUUCGUCAGCAACAGACCAACGUCCCGUCUCGAAGUUCGCAGGAGCCAUCCGUACCCAAAGAAGAACCCUUUGGAUAUCAUGGUCCAUCCUCGGGCGUGGAAUCGACCCAGUCCGGCCAGAUGCCGGGUGCGCCCUGGUCCGCAACACAGCCUCAAGUGACAACAAUAGCGAUGGAUGGACCAGCCGGGCUGGUUGCUCCAAAUCCACCCCCCAACAUGGCAGAGGCGUGGGCGGGUGAAACUGCCUCUCUCGACUCAUCCGGGGCUAGUGUGGGAUGGAACGAACGUCCGGAUGUCGAAUAUUGGCUGCCAGAUAAUCUGGGCGCGCAGGUCCCCGUCUUUGAAUUUCCCGGCAGCAAUAUAUACCUGAAACCGUCCCUUCCGUCCAUCAUUCAGCCCGCUCCCGACGUCUCUACUAUGAACCUGUCUGCGGCGGACCCUCAGGGCAUCCCCUUUUCACCCGUCGUAGGGUCGAUACAAUCCUCGGAGAGCCAGCAGCCGGAGGGAUUCUGGCCGGACUCGAUCAAUGAAGCGAAUAUGAUCCCCUGGUUAGAUGUAUACUUUGACCGACUUCAUCCAACAGUCCCGGUAUUAAGUCGUUCGUCAUUAUACACCCGCAUGAUGCUCCAGGAGCAUCGAAAAAACACACAGUUUGGCGCAAUGUUAUUAUCAUUAUGCGCAUUUUCCCUGACGCAACCUAUUGAGAUCAACGAGCGCGCAACCACCUCGUCACGCGCAACGCAGGCUCGGUCAAUGAUGAAUGAGGCGACAAAGAUGCGCAGCUCUUCCGAUUUUGGUGAAAACCCUACUAUCGAGGCUGUUCUGACGAGCUUUUUCCUCUUCGGCUGUCUGUUUGGCAGCAAUCAACAUAACGCAGCCUGGCUACGGCUGAGGGAAGCCCUCGAUCUUGCAUCUACGUUAGGACUGAAUGAUCCUGAGUCCUAUCGAGACCUAUCUGGUGAUGAAAAGGGGCAACGGCUACGGACGUAUCUUGUGCUCUCAAUUACAGAAAGAGCAUAUGCUUUGCAACGACUUCACCCGGUAUCAUUUUCCGGAAGGCCGGGGUUCAGCAUGCGAUCCGUCCAUGAUUUCCUACACAACGCUACUCACAGUCUCGUCUCGGGCAUCAUCGUACAUAACGAAAAAGACGCCGAAGGGAUGAUGGGUCUCGCUCGGCUGAUGGAGAUCUUUGACGUGAUAGACGAAGAUUUUGUAUGGUGCUGGAGCCGGCGCUGCGACCUGAGCAAUGGGUACUGUUCACGACUCACCGAAGUGAAAGCUCUGAGUAUGUACGACAGCCUCGAACGUGUCAGUCAAGCGGAGCGAUACAAAGGGUACGACUGGUUCGAGCGAGCCAAAGGCGAUUCGAACGACUCUAAUGCACUCCUUCCGAUCGGUCUGCGUGAGACGCAGGCGGCAGACGUCUUUGUCACACAGAAAUGGGUGCAGAAUCGCGUUUGGCUAUCGUGUUUGCACCAUGGACUACUGCGGACGCAGUCUGAGCGGCCGGAGUUGACAUUUCGCUUUGCGGUUACCAUUGCAGAGUCUACGAUUCAGCUAUGUCGGUCCUUGAGGUUGAGCUCGAUGGAAGCUCACGGCAUUGGAUUUACCGAAAAAUUAUACGACAUAGCUGUCGGCGCCAUGGACAUUCUCUGCAAUAUCAACCCGCCGUUUGGCACAGGAAUCACUUCCCUCGGCAAUUUCUCCGACUCAAUACCCCAGACCUCUACACCACAGACCAUGGCCGAGGAUUUCCUCUUGUUGUUGACUAGUUUUCGCGGUGGAAACCAUCCGUUCGUGGAAAAGUUCAAGGCUCAUUUGCGGGCUCUGCAGAUCCCGGGCAAUUGGAAUUCCGGGCAAGGUUCUGGAACUGGGUGA